GAUGAACUGACACACGAAGCAACAGCGGGUCUGACGGCUAACGGUGAGUGGCAGUCAUCCCACCCCGCUCAGCCAUGGACGCCUUCCAACGAUUCCAAGGGGUCAAGACCCGGGGGUCCAUCAGGAAAGAGCCCGUGGGCGAGAGCUCAGCCCUGUGCCUGAAGAUACUGCUGAGGACCAGGAAGGAGCUCUGCGACGUGGUCCUGGAACCGCUCGGCCCAGAGCCGCCAUGUCCAACUGAGAUUCAUUUUGUAUGUUUACCCAGCCAAGCUGAAGGAGACACUUGUAUGCUACAGACCCUGCCACCUGUGCCCGCUGAACUGCUGGAGUCGCUGAAGUCGCUGCACGUGCACAGCCUAAAGGACGAAGAGGUCCUGCUGCUUCAAGACUCCAGGAAACGUCUGGAGAAAAACAACCGUGUUCCACAGGUGAGGUCACAGACAAGCUGUUGGAGUCAAGCCGUCUGUGUACUGCACCGUCCCCACUCCCCGUUGUGCAGUGUGGCGGCCAUCUUGGCUCUGUUGAGCCGCUACACGGCUGGCUUCAGGUACGCCCUGGAGCUGCAGUCUCUGCAGAGGUCCGAGCCCGACACCUGCCCGGGCGAGGACGACGACACCAACCAGUCCGUCUCCUCCAUCGAGGACGAGUUCGUCACCGCCCUCGAGCACCUGGAGAAAGAGGACACGACAGAUAACCUUGUCGCUGGUCCCUUCAGCCACCGCAACCAGCGGGACAUGGCCUCCCAGACUGCCCCCUCCGCCCGCAGAGAUGUGCCAGGAUCCAGGGUCAUCAUUAGCUCACGCGGCAAGGCGUCAUUGUCCAAUCAGGCGCCCUGCCCGGAGGUGUCGGUAUCGGUCCAAAGCUCGGUGCCGGCCUGGUCAUCGGGGCCAGAGAGCCAGUGGAGCUUCUUUAGCCCAAGCGGACCUCGGAAACGCCGCGUCUCCUCGGUCCGGCUCACAGAGUCGGAUGAGUCCGACUGCUCGAGCCCCAGUCCCAUCAUCUUCCUGGAUGAAGUGGGCUAUCAGAAAAGCUUGAAGGCAAAGCUGGACAUUCCAAAAAUCCCCGUCCUCAAGGACGGAGUGGAAGAUUCCGAUUCGGAAGUGAGCGAGUUCUUCGACAGCUUCGAUCGCUUCGAUGACCUGGACCAAGCUUCCGAGAGCACCUCUGAGCCACCCAAGGAGUUGACCACCGCUGGCCAGACGCAGAAAAACACAUUUCCGGAGGACUGCGCCUCAAAAGCCAUGAACCCCCACAGGUUUGACCACCCCGUCCUUCCUGCCAACAUCAAGAAACCCACUCCACUCAAACCAGGAUCUCCGUUCGCUGUCCAUCCCGACGUUCCUGACUCUCCCCGUCCGGUGAAUCCGUCCAGUGAGGAGAGUGGGAAUCUUUUCAGUCCUGUCAAAUCUUCCGCCUUCAGUCCUUUGGGAGACGGCGCGAGUGUGGAGUACUUCUGGAGGACGGAUGAAGAUAGCACUGAACUGCAGAAGCCCCAGGACCUCUGCACGCUGUACAAAAAAUACUCCGAUUUUGCCAGUAACAUAUCAAAAGACAUUCUCAGUUCAGUCUGUGGGUACUCAUCUCCUGUAGACAUGAACGUCAAUAAAAACCUGAGUUGCGUUUGCCAUAAGGAAUUUCAAAACAGCAGCGGGCACCUGAUGAAGUUGUCGGAAAUCCAGGAGGCGGUCACUGUAUCGCAGUCCCAGAAAUCACAGAGUCUGAAAGAGGGAAUCCAGAAAUUUGCCACAGACCUGGUGGAAAUGAGCCUGGGCAGUGCCUUCAGGGACCUGCAGAAAGGUGUGGCCUCCUGCACCACCACACUCUGCCAUCUGGCGGCAAGGCUGACGUCCUCGGUGUUUCAAAUGGCCUUCCAGGAGAUUGGCAUGAGGCGGGCGUACGUAUUAAAAGGGCACGCCGUCAACGGGUUGGCGGGCUUCUUGGUCGGGGAGGCGGUGUCUGGGGCCUUGAAUGAAUUCCACUUUGUGAAAAAGCAGAUUUUCAACAACACGGUCGCCCGGUUUGCGGCAGAUCUCGCGGAGGAACUGGUGUUCGAGGGCAUCAUGGAGGUUUGCCAGUUCUCGCACCCGUCCACGCCCACCACCCCGAGCGACUGGUCUUUCCAACAGGAGGAAGAAGUGGUUUCUUCGUAUGCCUCAGACCUCUCCGAAUCUGUGCUGCAAGAGGCCUUCAUCGAGUUAUCUCAAGCAGAUGUAGCCUUUACCACAGAAGCCGCCAUCAGUUUGUCUCUGGACAAUAUCCGCUAUGUCAGCUCUGAGGACACCGCUCAGACUACAAAGACUUGCAAUGCUGCCACAAGUUAUUUUGGAUUGCCGUGCACAGCCAAGUCAGUGAAUUCUGAGGCAGAAAGUGGCUGUACUGUGGGGAAAGCUCUGUUCUGCAUGUCUGGGAUUGCCAGUUGCAUUCCGGUUCCUGCAGCUGGGAAAGGUAUCUCCCAGUUCCAGAACCAAGCAGAGACCUGUCAGUGCAAAUCCAGCAUUUGCCAUACGUCACAAACUAGCCCUAGGAAGAGUAAUUUUUCGGAACAAUAUCAGGUGACAACAUCGGCAUCAGACACAUCUGCAGCAGUGCAAAUAAACCUUCUGCCACCUGUUGGCCGUGGCAGAGAUGUCUAUGGUGAGAGGUGUGCCUUGGAAGGCACCGGAAACUUCACGCCUUACGAGAUGGGUCCUGGUGCCCCGUUGUUUAGCAAGGAUAAAGCUCUCGACUUCUCUGAAAACGCGGUGGACACAACCGCUAGUGAAGGUUACACGCUCACGUCUCCCACUAAAGUCAAAACAAGAGCGGAGGGCUGUGCUUACCGUUUGAGCAGGAAAACUGGAGUCAGUAUCCCCUCACCAGAUCGGGUGUGCCCCUCAGAACACACAUCAGGCCAAGGGGAUUCAAACACCUCACCUUUCACAGAGUCCGAGCAUCGCUAUAGUGCCACCGAGCACUUGCCCAAGUAUUCCAUGUCACAGGACUCUAUGUUACAUCCGUCACCAUCUAAAGUUAAAUGUGUUAAUCCACAAAAUGCUGCUAAUCUACAUAAACAAAGUAUUAUUGAUCAGACUUACCCGUCAUCAACAAAGCCCCCCUUUAUUUCCCCAUCGAAGAGCCAAGGUGCAGAAUUGGCCUCCAAGGCGUGUCCCCUGCCCACAAAGUACUCUUUGGAGGUGCCUAGUUUUGAACCGGCUGGACGUGGCUGUAAGAAGAUUGCACCAGAAGAGGGACUCAGCAGCCCGGGGAGGACAUGCGGUGGAACCCCAGGCACCCCGCCGUCCACCCCCCAGCAGGGCCCACCGGUGUCCCAGGAGAAGCAGAUCAAGCAGUUCUCCAAGAAGCUCAAGACCAAGCUUUCGAAGGAGUUCUCCCCUGCCACGCCUCCGCCCACUCCCCGGGACCGGCCUGUUGGGGAAGGCUCAGAAACUGGGGGGGAGGCGGGGAAGGCGGACUUCAUGCUGAAGCUCAUGAGGUCCCUCUCUGAUGAAGCUGGCGGGACUGAGGACGAUCAGGACGGCCAAGAGGAUAGCUGUGGUCCUGGAACAGCAGCUACAUCCUGCCCGGAGGAACUAAACGUUCCCAGGGAAGCGGAUCACAAAAUGGUGGAAAGGGGAGCUCUCUGUUAUGCUGGACGCUUAGCGAGCCACAUUGUUUCCAUGGCUACUGAGAUGGACAACCUGGGUCAGGAAGCCGGACUGAAGUUUGAGGAUUCUGAUGGAAGAGGAGGUCUUCCUGUGCACACAGCACGGUUUUCAGAAGACACUUUAAAGUCACUGUGGGCCUACUCUGGGGAAGUAGCAGGGGAGGUGGUUGAGGAUGUGAAGAGGGUGACCGGUGUCAGUCAUUGCAGACACAGUGUCUCGAGAAGAACGGUAGAAGUUUGCCAUGAAUGUCGGGAACACAUGGACCACAGAGAUGUCAGACUGACCAGCAUGGUGGACCAGUGGUCAAGUGAUCUUCUGACCUCGGUCAUGAGCAUUCAGAGCUCAGAGUUGAGUGGCACCUCUUCAGAAUACCCUAGCAGUGAGAGCGUUACAGAUGAAUAUACCGGGUACGUCAUCAGGGUUCUGAAGAGAGAAGGUGGCCAACGGGAGCUCAUGUUGGACCAGUACGCGAGCCGUCUUGCCUACCGGUCCAUCAGAGCCGGGCUAGCACAGGCCGCAAAGACGACUAAGCAGAGGCCUAAUCUGAGGCUCGACUCCUUCAGGAGGUUGCCUCACAGUGUUGCACGUCAGCCCAACAGAAGCAUCGUGAUCGAGACGCCUUCUGAGGAUGCGGACAGGAAAGAGUGCUCUUCUAGCAAAGCGGUGCCAUGUGCAUGCCAGGAAACCAGGAACAACGACAGGCGGGAGUGCAUGGAACUUGUAGUCUUUGCGGAAUCUUUGGCCUACAACAUCAUCUGUGAUGUUACAAGGAAGCUCAGACCGUCAUCAGCUGGGCUGCCCAAAUCCUUGACGGACUCGUGUCUGUAUAAAAAGUCCAUGGCGGAAGAUGAGGCCAAGAACCUGGGCAAACCCUUGAGCUGCUCAGUGCCACACACAGAAAAAUCCAAACAGUACCAUAGCACCAGCACCUUAAACGAGAACAACAGCGGUGGUGUCAUUAAAGUCAUUGAACACUAUGCCAGAAAAAUUGUCGAUGACACGCUGGAGUUGACAAUUGCAUCCUCGUGCCAUCAACCUUCGGAGGACAAGAGCAUGGCGGACAGAAACGCACACACCCGCCAACUGUCGGAAGGAGCACUAUGUCCAUCGUUAGCUGACAAAACAUGUUGCUAUUGCGUGAUUCGGGAACGUCCAUUUUGCAACACCGUGUUCAGGCACAGGCCGCUUGAAAUGAACUGGAGGAGGAGCCUGGACUGUGGCGUGAUGUCCGAUCGCGGCUGUAACCGCACCAGGACGUGCGGCAUCGAGAUUCCCAAAAUCCACAUUGAUUCAGAGAAGAGGGCGGAAUUCGCGGAGGCGGUGGUGUUAUCGGCGAUCGAGAAAGCCAAGCGGGAGCUGAGCAACACCAGCCUGAACGCGGACAGCGGGAUCGGGCACGAUGGCGCAAGCUUCGCCGAGAGUCUCGCCACCGAAAUCAUGACGUCAGCGAUGUCCAACGUCUGCCAGACCAUCAACAUCAGCCCCCCAGGGAGAGAGAGGACUCACGCGACCGAGUCCCCCGGCAGCCAUCGGCUCAGCCUGAGCACUGGGGAGGACAGCCUGGGCAGCUGGUCCAACCUCAGCUUCGAGGACGACCACCUGGACGAAACCAGCAGCUUCCUGCACCUGAGCGACAGCAACGGAAACAGCAGCAGCUGGAGCAGUCUGGGGAUGGAAGGGGAGGAGCCUACGUCCCUUUCUCCAGCUCACAGUGACGGCGCUGAGGAGAAGGAGGCGGAGCCUAAGGAUGGCGUGACUGCAGGGCAGCCGCGGGCACGGGGGGCCUGUCUGACGGCGCUCCACACAGACCUGCACCGGCCCAGCCUGGACCCGCAGGUGAGGGCGGGGCUGCUCUGGAUCGCCGCCUCCCACUCAGACCUGCCCAUCCUGCAGCUGGGCCAAUCAGGAGAGGAGCAGCUCCAGCAGCUGCCGGCGGUGCUGUCGAGGGUCAGAGAGAGGGGCUGGAUGGCUGGAGACCUCUUACAGGCCCUCCUGAAGUACUGCGAAGGGCCCGAACCCCAGCCAGACGCAGAGGACCCCCCGCGCCGUAAGACCUUCUUCCAGUGGCUGCUGGAACACGCCUAGACCGGCCCCCACCCCCUCCCGCCCCCUGAUCCCAUCCCAGCCAAUCACGCUCAGCGCUUAGCUAACGCUCUGAAAAGGAAUGGAGUCAGUGAGCACUAAUAGUCGUGUCGCAUCUCGACUCUUCCCCGGCAAUGUGCAAUGUCUUUUAUUAAUUUUUUUUUUUUUGGCCAAAAACUAGAAGCCUAGUCAGUCCAUAGAAGGUGUCUGUUGUCUUGUGUAUUGCUUUUGCACUGGACAUAAGGGGGGGGGGGAGGGGCUUACAGACAGACAUCAGCUUGUGAUUGGUGGCUAUGAUGUGACUGAAAGGGCUUUGCUCUCCUUGUUGACGCAAGCGGUGUCUCUCAUUGGUGCAUGUCAGUACCCGUGUGUGAGUAUCAGAAUCCCCAUCUGUACUGUAUGUACACAGUUAUAUUUACUUUCUGCCGGAAAGGAAAGGAAGGGCACACACCCCCCCCCCCACCUUCAGUUGUUUAAAAGUAAAAAAAAAAAAAAGAAAAAAAAAAAGUUUCUUCAGGGAAAACUGUCACCUCUAUACCAUUUCUUCAGUGGGGUCGUCUCCACAAGUUCAGGGACCAGCCCCCAAGGGUCACUACGACUUCCAGAACCUUCCGUUGCUCACGGUGGCCGUCUGAUUCUCGUAACUUGACGUCUCGCCCUGGCAGCGUCACGGUGGUGAUUAUACAGCAAGUUUUUUUUAGUUUUUUUUAGUUUUUUUUUUUACCCUUUUCAGACAUUUUUGGACACAAAUGAAUGUAGAUUCAAAGAAUCCCUGGAAUAUUGCGAAAGUCAGAGUGAACAUUGGUGUUUGUUUGAAAGAACUUGUUUGGCAUGGGUGCAAACAGGCCAGGGCCCAGCUGUCCGUGAAUGUAUUUAAAUAUUGUGUUAAGUUCUGUUAACAAGCAAGUGUUGAGUUCAGUUAACAAGCAAGUGUUACGUUGAGUUAACAAGCAAGUGUUUAAAGCAGUUUGUUUUAAGUGCCGUGCAAGUGUGAAACCCCAAAUCCCUCUCACCAGAAUGUUCUUUAUGUAUACAGCAUUAUCGGGAAGCAGAAAGUUUUCAAAAAGAGUUAUAUAAAAUUUAAAAUCAUAUAAAUUAAGUUGUUUCAUAAACAUCGCUGCAGACUUUGCCUUAAUGUGGUCUGGAAGGGCAGGACAUAAUUUUUAAACAUGAAGCAGUAGUAUUAUUUACAACAACACACAGGAAACAGGAAAUGCCUUCCCCAGGUUAAAUGCAGUGGUGUUUCAAGGCCACAUGCUGGACGUGGAAUCAGCAAAAACAUUUCCAGUGGAGUUGCAUCUCUCCUGCUUCAAAGGGCCCACAUUGCACACAUUUCCAGUGUUUCAUUUUAGGUCCUGAUAUUCAAAAAAUAUGUUUGAAUGGUUUUAAUGAGCAAAAACGAUCUCUGUCCAGUUUCACAUGUCCAUUCUCCAGCUCUCGUGAAACAUGACUCAUUAAUAUCAGUGAACCUCUCUUCUGAUUGGCUGGCUAGCUCCACAACGAGCUGAACGCUGUCUGUGCGGAGCGAUUGGAUUUGUCCUGGCUACAAGGUGUGCCGUGCCGAAGGCGGGCUUAUGCAAAUGAGCGUAUUGUUGUGAUGUCAUAAAGUUACGGAAGUCCAAGCGGCUCUUUAAAUGCAGUUUCUUCAGACAGAUUGUGUGGAUUUAUUUGCGGACUGUGUUGUUAGAUACUUUCACAGUGCGUUUCCAGCACAGACAACGCCUUUAUAAUCCACAUAGCAAGGGAAUUGUCAUUUACCACAAUACGGGACCUUUAAGGCCUUUAAGGCAGGUGGUCAAACAGGAAGAUGGAGUGACACACUGGGUGCAAAGAGUAAUUACUGGCACACCUCCAGUCUGAACCACACCAAACGCGUCGGGCAUUCCUCAGCGGACGGUCACGUACACAUCCGCGUUCUCCCGCGGUUUCCCGCCGUCUCUCUCCUCUCUAAUCUCGCGCCGUCCCCGACCGCUGGAGGGAGAUACGGAGAAUGAUGCGCUUUCGGGAGAAACGGCCCAGACCCGGGGAAAAGACCACAUGUGAGAGCACGAAACCACAGGCCCGUCCGUCACGGGCUGAUCACCAAUGAGCAACCCUUCCAAUGUUGCGAAAACGUAAAGGUCACACCGUUACCACCAGUGCUCACACAACGGACACUUAAAAAGCGGUCCGUGACCUGGUGGAGAGGAUUUCAGGGGAAAAUAAACGUGGACUUCAAUUACGACUAAAGCGACAAACCAUUUAUUCAGUCCAUAUGGUGGCUUGGAGUUCAGAUAUAAAUAUCUUAUGCUGACAGCGCAUACUUAAAAAAAAACCGGUCUGUUUCUGCAUGGGCCUUUUCUCUGUAGUCAUGGUAAUUACGCGGUGAAGUUGUGUUACUAGUGGCGUACUGCAAUAUCCUCUGAACCGAUUGGCCCGCUGUGCGUUGUGACAUCACAGAAUCAUCGCCAUUUUUGGCAGCGAAAACACGGCUGAGGAAUUUAAUGCCGCACAAUGCAUUAAAAAAACCAAAGGGCACGUUCAAUAUGAAUAUUAAAGUAGCCUGUCGGUGAACCCGCACUAAUGCCUCGACCAGCGUAUUUUAAGUGUCGAACAUUGUCUGAACAUUUGGCGGGACGGCGUUAACUGCAUUUUGAGGUUUCUCUGUGAUUUCCUUUGAGGUGGACCGCUGUCACCAUCUGCAGCGAGAACUCAAUUUUUGACCGAGCGGUCAGCCCAGAGUGCGGGGCACAGCCCGGCUCGUACAGCUUGUGCUGCAGACCGCUGCCAAACGCCAUCCCAGUAAAAACACUAACAGACACGCACACGCACACACACACGCACGCACACACACGCACACACACACACACACGCACACACACACACGCUCGCACCAGUCCAGCGCAGCGGGCGGUGGAGUUGUACAGACAGAGCGGGCUUCGAGGAAAGGCAGGUCAGAGAUGGCGUGGGACGGGGAGGACUCAGAGUUGGUACUGCAGUCCGGUGCCGUUAUCUGACGGUUCCUGGAACUGGCCCGGAGUGGCUACUACCUACUAAUCUCUUACUUUACACAGAGACAAGAGAUACACUCGCCUAAUCAGCCCUCUUCUACUACAAGUCACUUUAUUUAAUACACAUUCUUAUCUUCCAGAAGAUAAACCCAAUGCUAUUUCGUGUUAUUUAUAGCUGAAUGUGUAAAGCAGAGAUUUAACUGGCUACUUAAAAAUAAAUAAAUAUAUAUUUUAUGACUUGUUCAGUGUUACUCUCAUCUCAUCGGACAUUGUAGCAUCAGACCGUAUGUACAAUGGCUGCUAGAUUUUUCCCGCUUCUUUGUAUAAUCUUUUGCCAAAUACAAUAUCUAAGGACCAGCGUUAACAGCGGCGAGCUCACUCCUGUCCUGUAGUGAUAUUGCAUUAAUAGUUUACAGUGAAAGUGAAAGUGCUGUAUUUGUCUUUAAGCUAAAACAAAUAAAGCUUUCUCAUGUGUA